AUGCAAAUGCACCACCUUGCGCGUCAAGUGCCAUCGUCACGCGCUUUGAGCACCCGCACGUUUGUGCCUCGCGCUAUGUUGAAGCUGGUUCGCCUGCCACUGGCCGGGCUAGUAACUGCUGGUGGCGCUUACGCGUACGUGGAUCAUAAACUGGAUGGCUUCAAGACCAAGGUGAAAGGCCUCUUUAACAGUGCCGGAGAAACGGCCUCUGACUUGUUUGAUUCAGUGUCUGGCUUCUCUUCGGAUGUGGCCCAAUCUGCACAGAGUGGCUUCCGCUCACUUAUGCAACGAUUGAACGAUAUCCAAUCGUCGUCGUACUGGAGUUCACGAGAAGACAGUGAAGACGAACAUGAAGAUGGCCAAGGCAGCGGUGGAAAUGGCAAUGGUGGCAAGGGUCUUGCUGCGGCCGCUGCGGCCGCUGUGGCCGCCGCUGUUUCGGGCGAUGGUGAACAGGGCGAAGGUGGCGAACAGCCUCCGUCUCCCGAAAACAGCGAUGAGCUGAUGCUCCUCACACGAAAGCUCAUCGAAGUGCGCAACAUUCUCAAGACCAUCGAUCAUGACAGUGAAGAGCUUAUUCUCCCUAGCAUUGUGGUCAUUGGAUCGCAGAGCAGUGGUAAGAGUAGCGUGCUGGAGACUAUUGUCGGCCAUGAGUUCUUGCCAAAGGGCAACAAUAUGGUCACUCGCCGACCAAUUGAGCUGACAUUGGUACAUGUACCGAAGGACCAUCAACCCGCUGAUGGCAUUGUGGAGUAUGGCGAGUUCCCAGGUACAGGCAUGGGCAAGAUUACCGACUUUAGCCGCAUCCAAAAGAUGUUGUACGAUAUGAAUAUGGCUGUACCGAAGGAAGAAUGUGUGUCAGAGACGCCUAUUGAGCUGCACAUUCACAGCCCUCAUGUGCCUGAUCUCUCGAUGAUCGACUUGCCGGGCUACGUUCAGCUGAGUUCUAUGGACCAGCCAGAAGAGUUACGUGAGAAGAUCAGCGGCCUGUGUGACAAAUACAUUAAGGAGCCCAAUAUUAUUUUGGCAGUGUGUGCGGCAGAUGUGGACUUGGCCAACUCGCCAGCGCUGCGAGCGAGCCGCAAAGUCGAUCCAAUGGGUGUUCGUACAAUUGGUGUGAUUACCAAGAUGGACUUGGUCGCUCCCGAAGUUGGCGCAGCGAUCUUGAACAACAACAAGUACCCACUGUCAUUGGGGUAUGUUGGUGUUGUGUGCAAGGCACCGCACCAGGUGGGCCAAUCGAUGUUUGCCCUUUCGCGCAGCAACUCGCUCAUCCAGCUGACGCAAGAGUAUGAGCGCCGCUUCUUUGAGGAGCAUCGUGAACACUUUGCUGCGCCGACACGUGGGCGCCAUGCUGGACAGGCGCCUAUGGUGGGCUCAGACCAGCUGCGUCAGCGCCUUAUGGUUGUGCUGGAAGAGCACAUGGGCUCGUCCCUGAGUGGUGUUGCGAACUUGGUUCGCUCUGAACUAGAUGAUGCUGCCUACCAAUUUAAGGUGCAGUACAACGACCGUGCAAUUACGCCUGAAACCUACGUGGCCGAAGUCAUGGAUAUCAUGAAACAACGCUUCAAGCAUUUCUCAUCAAGCUUCGGCAAGCCGGAAGUGCGUUUCCUUCUAAAGCAGGCACUGGACGACAAAGUCAUGGAUAUUUUGGCGCAGGCGUACUGGACAGAUGACCAGGUGCGCGAACUGACAGCGCUGGGAAGGCAGGGUAAGCUCAAACCUGAGGAUUUGGAUGCCAUGUGGAACCACAAGCUGGAUAUGUGCUCCUCCUCGCUGACCAAGAGUGGUAUCGGCCGUAUGAGCACCCAACUUGUGGCCAAUACCAUUCGCACACAGCUAGAGCAGCUCGCUACCGCUGAGCCAUUCAACCACCAUCACGAGACUGCUGAGCGCAUUAUUGCCUUCGGCAGUGCACUUCUCCGUGACCGCUUCGGUAUCACAGCUGAUCAGGUGGAGAACUGUGUCAAACCAUACAAGUAUGAAGUGGAAAUGGAUCAGCGCGAGUGGGAACAGGGACGUCAACAAUCAGUGCUUCUCAUGCAGAAUGAGUUGGCUAUGUGCACAGAAGCAUACGACCGUCUGAAGAACCUCGUGGGUGGUCGUCGUUUGCGUGGUGCAAUGGAGUACAUUACACAACUUGAAGAACGCGAGCGCAAGCGCAUUGCAGAGCGUGUGGAGCUGGCCGAAGAGCGUCCCACGGAUCUUGAGGUCGAGGAUCAAAACGACCCUACUCGCCCUGGCUUCAACUCGGCUUUACUCAUGAAGGCACGCGAAGCACGGUUCCUUCAAGACCGUGCCGACAUUCUCCGCAUGCGCCUUGCAGCCCUCAGGUCGUGGCGAUGCAAAGCGGGUCCGCAAUCGCAAGCUUUCUGCCCAGAGACGUUCUUGAAUGUGGUGGCGGACAAGCUGACGUACACGGCUGUGAUGUUCAUCAAUAUUGAACUGCUUGCAGAAUUCUUCUACCAGUUCCCGCGUGAGAUCGAUGCACGUCUAGGCUACGAUAUGACGCAUGAAGACAUGGUCAACUUUGCUCGUGAGAAUCCGGCGAUUCGGAACCACAUCGACUUGCAAGAGCGCAAGACGAAGUUGGAAGAGGUUAUGCUCAAACUCGAUGACCUUACACGACUGUACCAUGACCGCCACCCAGCCAAGUCUACAUCAAAAUGGCUCUUCUUUUAA